AUGUCAAACGAACGAUCAAGCGAUCCUAUCUCGGUCCCACCGUCAUCUGCGCACCGACGCCGAGCAUCGCUGGCGUCAGGCCUUUCAUUCACGGAUUAUUUAUCUAGGUCUGGUAGCCAGGGGCCUUCCGGAGGCGCGCCGCCGGGCUCCAUGGCCACUUCAUUGGGCAAUGCACCAUCCAAUCAAGGUCGAAGAUUGUCCAUCACUACUUUGGGACUUGCUGGAUCUCCAAAUCAAGCUUCUCCAUGGGGCAGUAAGAGCAUGCGACAUGGCAGCAUUUCAAGCUCAGUUGGAUCCGGUUCAGCAAGUCAAGAAGACGCUGCUGUGGAAGACAGUGAAACCGUUGGACUUUCAAACGCCACCCCCAACUCGCCGUUUGCACGGCGUCUAUCAUUUGGUGCGCAAGCGCUACGAGAUGGUCGUGCGGGCAGUAUCAACAACGGUAGAUAUCCUUCCCCCGGAAUCUCUGGAUCUGGUGCGCGACGUUUGCCGCCCAUAUGUAGCACAAGCUCUGCCAUUAGCCCCGCAGAGUCGACUGCUGCAAGUACAAACUAUGUUUCCCCCGAGAUUGAGAUGUCUAACUUGUCUUGGAGACAAAUAGGCGAAGGCUUUAAUUGGACUGAAGCUCUGCGAACUCGGGCCGAGCGUGCCCCAUCUUUGGGAGUAACUUCACCCAACACGCCGCAAAGCCAGGCCGUCGUCGGCUCAGGCGGCCAUCAUCAACGAGCUACGUCGAUUGCCUCCAUGGAGCAACCGGCUCGCGAAAUACCCAAACAGCCGAGACAGAAUAAGCCCGACUUUUUUCAAGAGAAAAUUCUUCGUGGCGAUUUCAUGGAUUAG